GUCGCGUUGCCAUAGUAGCGGUUACUUGCGGCUUUCAAAAACGGAUGUCCUUACUCGUGUAGUGAUUAAGUAAAGUUGCACCAUGAUAAUAUUUCUUAUUAUUCUUCUUUCGAUCUGGACAGUAAUGAACUUUACAGAUUACAUGCUAAAGUCAUGCAUGAUGUUUCCCUACAUUGCUUGGAUGGAGAGGAACGGCAUAAGUCUGAAGCUCUUACGACUCCAGAUCUAUUCAACAAGGUUCAACAGACCUAUACACCUCCUCGGUAGAAGGAAAUCACGCUUCUUGUACUGGUGGUUCACUCUAGGAACAUUUGUGAGCAUCUGUGCAGUUGUGCCUUCAGUGUGGAUACUUAUCACGACAGCAUUCAGCCUGCAUUCAAAUCGGGCCGAAGGGGGAGAUGAGGCUCUAAUUUUGCAGCCUGCAAUGCCAGGAAUCAAUCUUCCAGUGACCGACAUCUUAUAUUAUGUUUGUACCCUGGUGAUAUGUAGCGUCAUCCACGAAUUUGGUCACGCAUUGUCUGCUGUGAGGGAAAAUGUAAGGGUCCAGGGCUGCGGAAUCUUUGUACUGGGAAUUUUUCCAGGGGCCUACGUGGAUAUGCCAAAAGACCAACUUAAUGCCCUUCCAGCAUGGAGGCAGCUUAAAAUUUAUUGUGCAGGCAUAUGGCAUAACAUUGUACUCAUACUCAUUGCAUACCUACUGCUCUGGUGUGCUCCUGUAAGUUAUAAGCCGCUCUACAAAGAACACGGAGGGAUCUCCGUCAUUUCCGUCUCGGGGGCAUCAGGAGCAACAGGUCCCAGUGGUCUAAUGGCCGGUGACCACAUAGUAGGCGUUGAUAACUGCACGGUAAGCGACAUAGAAUCCUGGAAGUCCUGCCUUAUCAGUGCGAUAAGGUUGCCCCAGUACGGGCUGUGCCAAAAGGUGGACCUGGUGCAGCCAGAAACUACUUCAGGAUCCCAUGGAGAUUGCUGCAAUGGAAACCCAAACAGCUUGUGCUUUGCCUACACUGGCAGCUACGUGAAGCAAAAUCAAGUCUGUCUUCCAGCAAGACACACAAUAGAAACGGCUACAGGAUUGUGCAAUGCGACUUGUUCAGGAGGAGAUGUCUGCUUGACACCCAUUCUUGAAAAUGGCACAAAACUGGUUCAGGUCAAGCGAAAAAACUGGAAGACUAUGCUCUUUUUGGGACAUCCUUCGGAACUCUGGCAUGCUGCGACCGUGAGCAGAUGGGUACCGAGGCUCAAGUAUUUGUCGGCCUUCCCUCUUCAUGCUUGUGAAGUCUUUCUCAACUACGUCAUCGGUUUUUCCGGAGCCUUGGCAGUUCUCAAUUCCAUCCCUUGCCUCAUGCUGGAUGGCCAGUGGAUUCUUCAGGCUCUUAUUAAAAUGUUCACCCAACAUCUACCCUGCCUGAAAAGGACACGGAAACUGCUUUACCUCAUCCUUGUGUUUGCUGGGACAUUCUUGUUGGCAGCCAAUGUUGUAUUAGGAUUCCGUAGACUUCUGACGCAGACGUAGCAAAUCGCUGUAAGUAUAUUUGCCCACCUUCUGUACAGCCCAUUGCAAGCUCAUCCCACAAUCACCCUGCAUAAUUGCUCGUGCCUUUCUUCGUGUUCUCAGUAUGCCAAAUGUUCUCGGUACACUAAAUGUGAAUGGAAACAUUGAAGUUGUAAAUAAAUUAUAAGAUAUUCCCA